AUGUCAGGGUGGGUGGCGAAAAAAUCUAUGGAGUCCAUGCUGGGGAUACAUGGGCAUCAUGAGAAGGAGAAUACUGGUGAUGGUAGUGGGAAGUUCGGAUACAGGUCAGCAAAAGAAGCUAUGAUACAAGGAGAAAGCCAAAUGGUUCAGGUCAUGGCAAAGGAAAGGAAGAGACCGAGAGUUGUUCUGGGUCAACUAGCAGCGAAUGGCUCUCUCAGCAAUUAUUCCGUGCCAAGAUACACUUCUGAAGACGAGGUUGAGGGGGCCUUUGCUGAGGCGGAAACAGAGGAGGAGACCCAACUUGAGGAAUGUGAAGGAGGGGCUCAGGAGCAGCCUGAAGAUAAUUUGAGUACGGAUGCUAUCAGACACGCUGAAGCGUAUGCUGAGAUGAUACGAGGAGCAGUCCACCCUCCACAGCAGCCGCAAGAUCCAACAUGUGAAACGCCUAGCAGAAAGCGGCGACGACUUCUUGAAAUUGCUGCGAGUGAUGCCUCGAGUAGCAAUGAACCUUUCAGUCCCUCUAAACUCUCAUAUUCGGAUCCUCGACGGCCUGCGAAGCGGCUAUGCACCCCCCAGUCAGCAAACAGGCGACGCUCGGCACCCUCUCAUGUGUUAAGUCCUCUCAAGCCCAUGGACCUCAACCAGUUGCGGCAAUUGGAUAAUUUCCAGAAUAUAAUGUUAAAAAUGGAAAAGACGGCACACUGCGAUGAUCGUACCUUCAAACCAAGCGCUACCUCUGUUCACAAUUUCGAGGCCCAUUUAAAAUCGAAGGCUCACAGAGCCAACGUAACUGCGCGGAUAUCAAAUCAAGCUCAUCAAAAUACCUUUAUACCAACCUCUAAGACGAUCGAUUUUGAAAUACCCACAGAACCGCUCAUGGUCUUCGCGCAAAAAGGACAACCAGACCUAGAGACUGCUAGGGCGCAAUAUUUACAUGCUUUACAAAAUGAUGCUUCAUCAAAGGCUAUGCAUAUUAAUGUUAUGCAAGUUCGAUUAGCUUCCCUAGAACGGAAGCUAACAGCACAGGGUGAUCACGUAGCAGAAAUUCUCGAGGUAUUAAAGAGGAAUGAGGAAAAAUACCAAUCUCUAUCUGAGCAGCAAUCCGCUUCAGAGUCAAAACACGCUGAUCACCUUACGGAGAUAGACAGCCUACUCUCGUGGCACGCGACUACGCAAGAAGGCAAAAUCCGGGAAUUAACAAAGCGGCUAUGCUCAACAGAGAAGCAAAAGGAGGUGCUGCUUAGGUUGGAAUACACGAUAACCGAUAUCGCCGAGAAAAGCAGUGGCGAAUUGGAAGACUUCAACAGGCGGUUAACAAGAUCUGAGAAGCAAAAUAAAGAUGAACUUGAAGUCGUUCAAAAGAGUCUCGACGACUUAGAAUAUACAAGCGAUGCGCAGGCUAGCCACUUGCUAGACCGCAUUCAAACCUUAGAAGCUGCCACAAUGCAUCAAAACGACCACAUCCAUGACCUAGAAGCGAAAUUUCAGCUCCACUCCGAGAAACUUGACAGGCAAUUUGCCAGUGAAAAGAACUUAAGGGAGGAUCUCCGCGCUCAGCUGACGGUACACUUUGCGCAGACGGAUGCGAGGAUGAAGGCAUUGGAGGAGAAGAACGAGAGAGAAAUGAAGCGGAUGCAGCUUCAAAAUACAGAACGGAUCAGUGUAUUGGAGAGGGCGAGUCGUAAGCAGGAACACAAGACUCAAGGGUUUGAGGCAUUGAUUCCGGCCAUUCUCGAGGAUGCUAUGGAAUUAAGACAGUAUCUAGAAACGAUUUCGGGAGCAUCGCAGGAAACAUCGCAAGAAGCAUCGCGGGAAUCGUCUCAGGAUGAGGCACAGACUGAAUCUCGGGACGAGCAAUGA